GGCGCUGGCCGCUGGCGGCCGGGCUGCUGGGCACCGCCGCCGCGCUCGCCCUGUUCGCCGCGCUGCGGGAGCCGGCGCGGGCGGGCGGCGAGGCGGUGACCGUGCUGCUGUGGUGGGAACCCUUCGGCCGCCCGCGGCGCUUGGCCGACUGCCGGCGGCACUACAACAUCAGCGGCUGCCGGCUCAGUGCCGACCGCAGCCGGUUCGCCGAGGCGCAGGCGGUGCUCUUCCACCACCGCGACCUGGUGCGGCACGGCCCCGGGGGGCUGCCCCGAGGGUCCCCGCCGCGGCCCCCCCGCCAGCGCUGGGUCUGGAUGAACUUCGAGUCGCCCUCGCACUCGCCUGGCCUGCGGGGGCUAUCUGGGCUCUUCAACUGGACCAUGUCCUACCGCCGCGACUCCGACGUGUUCGUGCCAUACGGGUACCUCUACGCCCCGCCGGCGCCCCGACCCUUCGUGCUGCCCCGCAAGACACGGCUGGUGGCCUGGGUAAUCAGCAACUGGAACGAGGAGCACGCCCGGGUGCGCUACUACCGCCAGCUGAAGGAGCACCUGCCCAUCGACGUGUACGGGGCGCGGGGGCUGGCGCUGGCCGAGGGCGGCGUGGUGGAGACCGUCUCAGCCUACAAGUUCUACCUGGCCUUCGAGAACUCCCAGCACACCGACUACAUCACCGAGAAGCUCUGGAGAAACGCCUUCUCCGCCAGCGCCGUGCCCGUUGUCCUCGGACCCCGCAGGGCCAACUACGAGCGCUUCAUCCCCCCCGACUCCUUCAUCCACGUCGACGACUUCCCCAGCCCCCGGCUGCUGGCCACCUAUCUGAAAUUCCUCGAUAAAAACAAACGGAACUACAGGCGGUACUUUGCCUGGAGGAAGAAGUACGAAGUCCACGUCACCUCGUUCUGGGAUGAGCAUUUCUGCAAGGUCUGCGAGGCCGUUAGAGCAGCUGGGAAUCAAAUCAAGAUUGUACAAAAUCUGGCCACCUGGUUUGAAAGCUGAUGUUCCUGGCUGGCAAGGCUUGCCUGGACAGCCUGGGUCAGCAUCAAGACAUAGGGAAGAAUGGGUCUAACAGAAAUCAUUAGCCAAGGUAGUACACAGAUGCCUGUCAUCAGUGAGAGAAAUAUACAGGUACAGGAAAACAAGUUGUGAAAAGCCUACAAAAGGAAGAUUUUUAUUAAAGGGAAAAUUAUGAAAGGACAGAAAAGUGUUGUGCCAGAUGAUUUUUAAAGAGCGAAGUUAAAUUCAGAAAAGUCCCACAGACCUGAAACUUUUUAAGGUUCUGCACAGCUCAACAUAAAUAUCUGAUGCCAAGUUCUUCAGCUGUACAGCUGAAACUAAUUUUGUUGGCUAUGACAACUUCCUGGACUGUGAAACUUUCCUCUGCUUGCAGGGGAUAUAUGAUCAGUGCUGGCUUUCCGUACUCCUAAGACAAAAGUGAAUGUUUUUAACUGAUUUUUAUGUGUGUGAAAGCUAUUUGCAGACAAUUCUGACCCACAAGUUUUGAAUGUAAGAAUGUAAUGAUACAGCAGCACCUUUUAGCAAUGUUUAAAAUUGCAGCAGUCAGCUAAUAAUGCUUUGAACCAAAUAAUUGUUCCAUUUAGGAAAAAGUGUAUGGGAGGAGACUGAAGCUGAGUGGACAAACAGCUCAGAUGAUGUAAAGUAUUUCUUCCACUGCCUACUGAAACCAUGGGCAUAUUUAUCCUGUAUGAAAAUAGAGUAGAACUUCAAGUACAGGAAAAGAGAGACUGUAGGAAAAAAAGUCGGUACAUUUCCACCUUCCCUUUAUUCAGGAAUUAGAAAAUGUUUACAGGAAUCUCCAUGUUUUUCUCUGCAAACUUAUUGCCAUACAGAAAAUGCAGGGAAAGGCUGAGAAUGGCAGGGUUUUUAUUACUAUAUUGAAUAUAAAUACAGAAAGGCUAACUUAUUUCUCUAGUAUCAAUAGACAGUGCUGUUGUGUAGCAACUGUUUAGGUUUAUGGCAUGCAUUUUUAAAAAUGCUGGGUGACAGACUACUCAGAAUGCUGCUUUGCUGUUUGUAAAAUAGUAAUUACCAAAAACCCUUCCAAAACUCCCAAAUCUCUCCCUUUCAAAGAGAAAAUUACUGUAGAGAAUAAGAUCUAGAUUGUUGGUAAAAUACAGAUUGUGUGAGGAAAGAAUAUCAAAUAGGACAAAUUCACAAUUUUUUUUCCUUUGGUUUUGAGGGUUUUUUUUUUCUAGCUCAAAUUUGUAAUGGAUAAAUAGGUUCUUAAGAUAGAACUUCUUCUCUCAGUGCCUGUUGGGAACAUUUAUAGUAGUUAUUCACUUUUAGACUGACAUUUUGCUGGAGUCAUCUUAGUAGUUGGUUUGUGGUUACUUUUUGGUUACAUGUAAUCUCGGUGAAAUCCGGUAAGAAACUUCAGUUACAAUUACACAUCGUUGGGAAACAGCCUUCCAUGCCCUUUGCAACUAUAAAGUUUGGUAGGAAAAAAAUGGUAACCCACAAGGGUCCUGCCCAAACAACUAAGGUGUUCAUGGAGUUCCUCAGAGAUUUCAUUGAGAAUGAAAUCAUGGGCACAAAACAUGUGAGAAAAGAAGAAAAUCAGUUGCAAAUAAGAGAUUGGUAUAAGAACAGGUGAGUUUACUGGCAUUUGUGAGUCAUAUUAAGCUUAGAAAAGGAUUAGAUUUGACUUAAGCAGUAUGGGAUGUUGGGUGAGUGCUUUUAAGAUUUAUGAGCCUCCUGUAAUUUAUUUUAAAUUAGAUGUUUCCCAUGAUUAGGUAAGCAUGGAGCCAAGGAUUACUGGAAAAAGAACUAAUAAUAAUAAUAAUGAAGUUCAUUAAUAAUUUGCAUAAGUUUACCACAUCAGAUCUUGCAGGCUUCUGUGUUUAUUCCCUUCUCCUUUUGUGCAAGGAAGGAUGGCUGAAAGUACUCCAUGAAACUUUCUGUUGGUAAUGUCAGAGUUAUUGUAGAAUAUUUGCUGGGAGAGGAAAGAAGACAGUCUACACAAUGUGGGAUGUAGUAGGAGUGGUCCCUAAUGCUGCACUUUCACUUCAACAAGUCUAAAGUGAUUGCUUAAGGUAAAAGCAUGUUCUUCAUGGUACGCUCAUCUGUUUCUCUACCAGUGGUUGCUACUCCCAUAACAUUGUUUUUGAUAUUUUAAAAAAUCUGAUAUAAGUAUAGCAUUAACAGUAAUAGCUAAGUGUUGGGAUGACAGCAUCUCUCUCCCUUUGAAUUUAUAAUUUCUUUUUUCUGUUCACUUUUUAAUCACAGUUCAUAUAAAUGUAGACAAGAGCCCAAUCUCAAAAGUGGCAAACUAAUAUUUAAGAUUGCACUACUUUUUAUCAAUCUGCUGAAAAUAGUGCGUUUUUUUCAGUCCUUCUCAAUUUUUUAGCAUUUUCUGAAAGUUUCCGGGUACACAGUUCUUUUGUGUAAUCAUUAAUAAUGCCAAAAGCAGAAGAUCAGGCUACAGGGGAAUGGAAAUUUCCAGGGAUUGCAAACGUUAAUUAUAUUUCUUAACCUCCCUAAGAAAAACAGUUGAAAUCUUUGAGGAACUAGAAUUUUGUAAAAUUCAGAAAAGAGCUAUGUAACAGUUAAAGCAUCAUGUUUGAAUAAAGUGAUCACAAUUGCACAGUAUUUGUAAGUUAUACACUGAGAAUUUUCAAGACUUGUAUAGUGAAAACUGUAGUUUUUUAGUAAUUAUUGCAGAGCACUUGCACUGGGAGAAGAGAAACCUUUUCUAGUUUCAUCAUUCUCACAUUAGUGAUGCACAUUUUUCCCCUCACAUUUGGAAGGAAACUCAGCCCAGGCCUACAGCUGAUGAAGUCAGUAUUACAACAUCUCUAUAAAUCUCAGAUUUUUGGCUCAACCACUGCUCUGGCUAAUAGUCUGCUGUUACAGGCUAGGGACUGGCUUUUGUAAUUCACUUUGUCAAGCUCCAGUUGAAUGAUAAAGUUUACCUGAGCAAAUUGGACCAUAGAUCAGAUACCAGACUCCACAGGACAUUGCAGAUGAUGUAUACAAUCCAUCUGUAAAAAUUAAGCAAAGUUAUUUUCUAUUUUAAGUAGACAAGUCUUUUUGAAUACAUUUUGAAAGAGUGUUUUAUUCCAUGCCUUAAAAUACUGAGGUGAAGGGAGAGAAAGGAAGAUUGUUAUCUUCUGGGUUUUAUAAGGAAAAGAAAUAACAUUACUUUUUGAUAAUAAUGUAAAUAGAAUAGAGAAUUAUGUGAUCCUUCAAGCUGCACAUUAUGUCUCAGGGAAUUUUAUACUGUAAGGUGUCUAGAUCUUCAUAGAAUGAAGUUACUUCGUAUUUGUAUUGAUUCAAUAGAUUUACAUUCAAUAAAAUUAAUGAAAGGAACUAGUGAAAAAUGACCCUAUUUUUUAUUUGUCUUCUGUGUUACAAAAGCUGUAGAAAAAUGCUUUUUAAAGAGAAUGAAUGUCUUUUCAUGUUUGUUUAAUCAAUAAAAGUGGCUGAUUGUUCUCAAAGUAGUCAGACCAUUUGAGGUUAGUCAUGAAACCUGGUUGUGCCAGGAGAAAAAUAUUUUCGUAGGGGAGUCAGUGCUGAGUUAUUUUCCAUAUGAAAAGGAGCAUUUAUUGAAGUUGAGUGUCUGUUGGAAAAAUGUAAUUUUAAACAAAAU